AAACGGCCGUUAAAUACGAUGAAGAACAACAAACGAAGAAGUGCUCAUGACGGCUCCUCUUCAGAUAUGACAAUUAGGCUACUGAAGGUGGGCUGACGCCUUCGUGCACAAAGGUACUUCAUGUUCAUGGUUAAACGUACAUUUGAUUUGAUCUUAUAGCAAUCCAAGGAUCUCCUCAUUCGUUUGGUAUUGCCGAUUGAUCCAAAUCACACCAGUCGCUGCUUGCUCUUCUCAUGUUGAAACCAAAGAGCCUGUCCAAAGAUGUCAUGGUUCAAUUCCGUCACUCAAAACUCGGAGCACCAGCAGCAAUUGUCUACGGACAGCCGCAAAAUGUCGCCCGCAGACGGCUUGUGUGGUCCUUACCGCUCCAGGCUCGGGGGUGCGCCGACGACUGCGGCGACCAUGGCAACACAAGACCGGCUCGGCCUCUCACCUCGGGGGUCGGAGGGCUUUCCCUCGGCACCCCAGGGUGUCGCCGGACCCCCUACCCUGGAGAAUUUGACAUGCGGAGGUCAGGUCAGAGAGCCAGUGCCCAUCUCUUAUGUGAGCCUCCAGGAGCUGAGGUGCGUCCUGAGCUGGUUCCAAAGCUGGAAUUCCUCUCAGCGGGAGAGAUUUCUGCAGGACCUGGUGGGCAAAGCCGUGCCUGGGAAGGUGUGCACGCUUCUGGACUCUCUCAGUACUCUUCAGGUUAAGGACCGACUACCAAACAUAUUUGAAUGCCAGCUUCGCCUGUGGACACAAUGGUUUGAGUCGUGGGGAGAAGAAGAGCGCAAUCAUUUCUUAUACAUCCUGGAAGAGAGGGAUCCCACAUUUGUUUCCCACUUUUACACCUGUGUAGCAGGUACAGCGGGCAGAGACUAAACCAUCAUGUCCAACUCACGCAGGGACAAGAAGCAAAAUGAAUGUGAUAGUCACAGUAAAUGUAGGUGUUAGCACGCUGAGGUGUUACCUUUACGUUGAAUCGACUUUGGAGCAUUGUGAGCAACUUUUAAAAAGUCGGAUUCUUCAGGGAAACAUCACACGCCCAAAAAAAAAAAAAAAAAAAGAUUUGUCAUACCCUGCCUUUCUCUUUGGUUAGUUUGUUUUUUAAUCACCAAACUAACAAUGUUUAAUGCGUACUGUACUUCACGGACAAAUCUUGAUUGAACCUCGAGCUUUAAGAUCUGUAUAAUCAUUUUUCAUGGUGACUACCCUGGUUUAUAUACUGGACAUUUUUUUGUAAACCUGUACAAAUAAACAGUAUACAUUAUUGUA